GGGCAUUGUAUUCGAAUUGCUAAUAUCAAAUUUACAAUCGAUAAUGGUGUUUUGAGUAUUCCUAUUUUAAUAACCGUUUGAUAACAAGGUGGGCUGUUUAUGGUGUCUGGUGAACAAAGGAAUUCCCAAAACAAAGGUUAUAAAUUCAGAAUGGCGGCCUUCAUCUUUGGCAACCGAAAAUUUAUCCGACGGUGGCCAAUCCUCAUUCUUCUCAGUGUAGCACUCCUGCUAACUUGGAGGAACUUAAAGCACGCUCAGAAGAUAUCCAAAAUCGGUGGGCACAAAUCGGUCGAAUCUUUGGCUAACGACUCGUGUCAAAAAAGAUUUCUGGAGUAUGAAGAGACAAAUAAGAUCACCCUACGAAAGGAUUCUUCCCGCACCAGGGAACUGCGAGAUUUGCUUAAGUGCCGGAACCGACAGCUCCGUUUCCAGAAACUCCAGCACGGGGAGUACUGGUUGCUCCAGAAUCUAGUGGUUGGGCGAAAGAGUCGGCUAGUUGGCUGCGCGGAGUCCGUGACGUACACCACAAACGGGGACUAUACGUUCUUCGAUAAUCUUGAAACAGUGGCCACACGUUGGCAUGCUCCUGUGAGCUUCGCCAUUCAUACACCCGGAUAUGAUUUGAAGGCCACACUGGAUGCGAUUCGGUAUGUGCGAAACUGUUUGCCGGGAAGCGAGAUCAUCAAGGAUUGGGUCACCUUCCAUGUGUACUUCUCCAACCGGCACAUGCCAGAUUUUGUUCCCUAUGACGAGGCCGAGGCGUUAUGCCAGCCCCCCAUAUGCACCGUGGCCAAUGGAACCCUGGUUCCGCCACCCUACACCCAGAUUCCCCGCAACGAAAGCUACAAGGCGGUGGCCAACCUCACCUACCCCAUCAAUGUGGGCAGAAAUAUAGCCAGACUGGCGGCCAACACCCACUUCAUCUUCGCCUGCGACAUUGAGCUUUAUCCCAGUUUGGGUUUCGUAGAUCAGUUCCUGGACAUGGUGGCCAAGAAUCACAGUGUUCUAGCCCUGGACCCCAAACAGCCGAGAAGGGUGUAUCCUUUGCCAGUCUUCGAGAUUGAGACUGGUGUCCAAAUUCCCGCCAACAAGUCCGAGCUUUUGGCCCUCUAUCGAAAGCAACAGGCGCAAAUAUUCCACUUGAAGGUCUGCCCCACAUGCCACAUGAUUCCAGGCCAGGAGGCUUGGUUCAAUCAAAGUUCUAGUGAAAAAGAUCAUGAGCUGCAUUUGUUCAGCAAGACUCUGCGGAAAAACAAAUUCAAGGCCUGGGAGCCGUUCUACGUAAGCGAUAACACUGAACCACUGUUCGAUGAGAGGGUUACGUGGGAGGGACAGUCCAACAAGCGCAUACAGAAUUUUGCCAUGUGCCUGUUGGGUUACGAAUACCACGUCUUAGACCCGGCAUUUUUGGUGCACAGUCCCGGCAUAAAGGAAUUCAGCAAAAAGGAUUCGUCUCGUCUUCAGUAUGCAAAGGAAAUGACGAAAUUUAUAAAGACCACAAUAGAACCCGAAUAUCGAGUGUUGUUUGGACAGAACAAGGCCUGCAGGACGUGACAUAGGGAGCCACUUAGCUUUUAAAUUAAGUAUAUUCGACCUCUAAACGGUUGAUAUUUGGUUAGAUUAUUAUAUAGUUAUAAAAUAUUGAUGAUGUUGGGUGUCCAUUAGUUCUUAGAUCCUACAUUUUACCUAAUUUUAUUUUAUAAAUGAUAUUGUAUGGUUAUUAAAAUCACCAGCAACUAGUACAAAUUAAGAGAUGCCCUAAGCUUUUUUAGAACCCAACUCUUUUUUCUUUGUCCAAUAGUUUUCAUUAAUGGCAUUUCGUAGCAAGACGUUUGAUAAAAGCUCCUGUCGCUGGAAAAAAUCCGAAGAGACAUCGUGAGUGGGUUUUUGUGGAACGCGAUUAUCGGUUUUUUGGUCCUGCCACCAUUUCUUUUGCGGCACGUCCCACAAUUUUUGUCCUACUUUGGGCAUAACAUAAAUAAUUAUGGGUUGUUGUGAUAUCGGAUAACUUGGUGACAUUUGUUUGUGAUGUAUUCCGUCAGUUACUGGAUUUAGGGGGUCGGUGCCAUAAAGUCGUUGGUAUCGUUCACUCCUCACCAGAAACAUAAUUUGCACAAAUGCAAUUAACGUCAACGCAUCGUACGCCACAAGCACUAAAAAAACCAUGUUUAGAAAAAAUUAUUUUAAAAAUCUGGUUUCUUACUCGCAUAGAAGGUCAGACCAAGGGUUAGCAGGAUUAAGGUGGCCAAGGGAACGAUUUGUCUGGCAAUCCGAAGAGAUAUAAUUGAUAUGACAACUACUUGAACUGUGAAAAUACUCUCGAAGAUGGCCAAAGGUAUAACGUGGUACUUCUUCAGCUGAAUUAAAACAAAUAAAAAGGUUGAGAUACCUUGCUUAUCGUUGAAAACUUAGGCUAGCUUACUUUAUAUGCUCCAAAGGCUGCCAAAAUACAAGUUAUAAUAUGACAAAAGCUGUAAAGUUGGAAAAACGUCAUUAGCUCUUUGGGAUCUGUAAUAUAGUUAUU